AUGAGACAUGGUUUCAGGGCAACCUGUUUCUGCCAAAAUUGCAAAGAAAAAUUAACGUUUAGCUACUUCAAAGUCACGAGAAAUGAAAAUUUGCAAAGUUUAUCGACAAUCAAGUGCGACAACCUAAACGAUCCAGUCCAGCUGCCACGAGUCACGUGUCCAGACAAAGAACGCUUCAUCAAUCCCGCGAGGUACCAGCGAAUUCAAGCGACGAUGCAGCGCGCGAAGACGGUUAUAGAGGAAGAAGAAAAAGUCUCGAAAAAGUCGAAAUCGAAGAGUGGUUCUAAAAAGCUCCUCCAACCGCAGAGACGGAUCGAUCAUGGAAGCUUCAAAAUGACACGAGUGCAGAAACAGAUGAAGAUAAGAUCCGAGUCGGAAUGA